UGGCACCUUUUAGCUUAAAAGGCCACGAUUCGAGUCCCGCCCAGCUGAUACAAACUUCGAAGGCGAGACGGACGGCUGAGGCGCUCUUCAUUAAUGCCACCUUGUUUGACCUGACCUGGGGUGGUAAUGGUGGGGUAUUGGUGUGUCUUGCUGGUGUUGUAUAGGGAAAGGUUUAAAUGCACGUUUUUAUAUAGGAAAUGGUCAUUGUGUCACUAAAUGGUCUCGCCAUACUGUCAGCCGGUUCCUGAAUUACUUCUUUCUGGUCCGUUAGGCAGCCAACCAAGCAAUUUGUGUCCUGCGCCGUUCCAGAAUGCCUUUUUCCAUCUGUUUUUUGUCCGCUAGUGGACCAAAGAUUGGAACAUCGAGGGGUUUUGCAAAACAUUGGUCAAGUGUCCGGGCGACCAAAGCUACCGCCUUGUAUUUUAAAUUUCCAAAUGUAAAAAGAAGCUAACUGUAAUUAAAUUUAUUUCAGUCUAUUUACCAUGUCAAAUUUUUUUGAUGGUACAACAAAGCUUUUCUUAUGCUAUAUUGAGCAUACUUUUUAAUUUUUGAAGUCUACUGUAGUCGCCUUGUGAGUUCACGCCAAACAUCAACAACAGCCUAAUCGACUCGUCACAUCUCUACUUCACUGACUAAAUUUGGUACCAUGGCUGAAUUAGAAGAAAUCAUAGAUGAAGAAAUGUAUGAAAUGGAAGAAUUGCGACGAGUGAGGAUUCCACGCAUUGUACCUAAAGAUCGCAGUGACCCAUUUCAUUAUCUUUCUGGUGAAGAAUUCCUUGAGCGUUUUCGUCUGCCAAAGGAUGCUGUACGAGACCUCAUUGAAGAAGUUAGGCCACGUACACAUGUGGACAGGCUUGGCACAGGAUGUGGCAUUCCUCUGCAUUUGAAGAUGCUAGUUACCUUGCGGUACCUAGCCACGGAAGUUUCCUUCACGGUAGCUGACAUAAUGGAUAUUGCAAAAUCAUCAGCAUGCAGGGCUGUUGGAGAGGUGGUUCAACUUAUUGCUUUCCUGGCACCAGACUACAUCAAAUUCCCACAGCCAGAAGAAGCACGUGAGAUGGCCUCAAAGUUCUAUGAUAUUGCUGGUAUGCCAGGUGUAUUAGGGUGUAUAGAUUGUACACAUUUUCCAAUACAGAGUCCAGGUGGGAACAACGUUGAGAUGUAUAGAUGUCGAAAGGGGUUUUACUCGUUAAAUGUCCAAGGUAUUUGUGAUUCAGAACUCAAAUUUAUGCAUGUUGUUGCAAGUUGGCCUGGCAGCGUACAUGACUCAAGAAUAUUUUCUAAUUGUCGUAUCUGUCAUCUUCUAGAGCAAGGAGACUACAGCGGUUUAUAUUUGUUAGGGGAUAGUGGGUAUCCAAGUCGGGAAUAUUUACUGACUCCACUCCUAGCUCCAAGAAAUGAAAAGCAUAGGAGGUAUAAUGUAGCUCAUAUUCAAACAUGGAACUGUAUUGAGAGGGCAUUCAGUGUACUGAAAAGAAGAUUUGCAUGCUUAAGCAUACCCCUGCAAACCAAACUUCCCAAUACAAAAAGAAUUGUGAUGGCAUGUGCUGUUUUGCAUAACAUUGCUAUUUCAAGAAGAGUGGACAUGUUAGAUGUUGAGGUUGAGACACAGGAAGUAGUUGAUUUAUUGGAGGAUGAAGAUGAACAUGAACUGGAUGCCACACAAGUUAGGGAAUCAUUAAUUCAAAGAUGGUUCUGAGGGCCAGUUUCAAGAACUUUUCCCUGUGUACCCGAUUGGGCUCCAGUGUAAUAAUACUUUUUCUUUUCUAGUUCUUGCUUGAUAGGAUUAACACUAAGUUUAAAUAAGAAUUUAUAUAAGGUUCCAAAAGGUAAAGAAAGGAAAAGUAUAUAUAAGAUCUUAUGGUGUAUAAUGUAGGUAUUGCAAAGUACAAAUAGUAUGUAAGAAUGAAUAAAUUUAACCAUCUACU